AUGAUGGGCUGUUGCGGUCAGGGGAGUGCGCCUUUGUGUUAUUUGGGUCUACCUCUUGAUGGGUUUAAGGGUUUAGGUGGAAUCCAUGGGUUUAGGGAGCUAAAAGACAUAAUCUUUGAAUUUCCUGGGGACAUCUUCAUGAUCUUCCAUGUUCAGAAAUGCUUUAAAAGUGUCCGCUUCCGAAGCAAUACUUCAUACUCUUGCUCCUUUUUCCAUACCUCUUCUGAAAAUUGCUCACCUGCUCUUUCUUCAAUUUUGUCUUCUCAGCAGGGGUCAUCACAAUUUGAAGACCCAACAAGACUAUCGGACCUUGACAUUAUCAUUGCUAAAGUAUCUGUUGGUAGGACUGAUGAUGAGAUUCUACAGUCUCUUGCACAUGAUCCGGCAUACAAUAGCAUUCAGCUCACAGAUAACCUUGUUGGUCAAUUGUUCCAUCGGUUUAAGAAUGAUUGGAAGUCUGCAUUGGGUGUGUUUAGAUGGGCAGAGUCACGCUCUGAAUAUACACUCACCCCAGAUGCAUAUGAUAUGAUAGUUGACAUUUUGGGCAAAAUGAGGCAAAUGGAUAAGAUUAUGGGUUUGUUAGAAAAGAUGCGUCAGGAUCAUCUGGUCACUCUUAACACUGUUGGUAAGGUUAUGAGAAGGUUUGCUGGUGCAGGGAAAUGGGAGGAUGCUGUGAGGAUGUUUGAUCAGUUAGGAAGUUUUGGAUUGGAGAAGAACACAGAAUCAAUGAACUUGUUGCUUGACACACUUUGCAAAGAGAACAAAGUUGAGCAGGCUCGUGAGAUCUUUUUAGAGCUAAAAUCACACAUCUCGCCAAAUGCUCAUACAUUUAACAUUUUCAUUCAUGGUUGGUGCAAGAUCAAACGGGUUGAUGAGGCACACUGGACAAUCCAAGAAAUGAAGGGACAUGGCUGUCGACCUUGUGUCAUCAGCUACUCGACCAUCAUCCUAUUUUAUUGCCACCAAUACAACUUUGUUAAGGUCUAUGAAUUGUUUGAUGAAAUGGAAGCUCAGGGGUGCCCGCCAAAUGUUAUCACCUUCACCUCUGUCAUGUGUUAUCUAGCAAAGUCUGAGGAGUUUGAGGAAGCUUUGCAAUUAUAUGAGAGAAUGAAAUCUGCUGGAUGUGAUCCGGAUACACUUUUUUACAACUCACUGAUCCACACACUAGGAAGAGCUGGCCGGGUACGAGACGCUAUUCAUGUAUUCGAGGUUGAAAUGCCUAAGAAGGGGGUUCCUCCUAAUACAUCAACUUACAAUACAAUGAUUGCCAUGUUUUGCCAUCAUGCUGAAGAACAAAAGGCCUUAGAUGUCCUCUUGCAGAUGGAAAAUGCAAGGUUAUGUAAGCCUGAUGUUCAGACAUACUAUCCAUUGCUUAAAAUGUGCUUUAAAACUGGCAAAACAGACAAUUUUUUGAGCAAGCUAUUAGAUGACAUGGUUAAUAGACAUCAUCUCAGUCUCGAUCUCUCAACCUAUACGCUUCUAAUUCAUGGACUAUGCAGAUCAAAUAAGUGCGAGUGGGCGUAUCUUCUCUUCGAGGAGAUGAUUGGUCAAGAGAUAAAGCCUAGGUAUAAAACAUGCCGUUUGCUUUGGGACGAAGUCAAACGGAAGAAUAUGUUUGGCCCUGCUGAUACCAUUGAAGACUUCAUGAAGAAACUAUAA